AUGGAGAGAAGUCGCUAUGUGCAGUUCAACCGCCACUGCUUGAGAAGGAAACGACUAUGUUGUUUAUCAAUACCGAAAGCACCUUUCAUCAAUCACUUGCUAGGAGGCGCAACCAAGAGUUUUUCGGAUAUAGUAAUAUCCGGUGAGAUGAUAGAAAAUGCAAUAAGGUGUGGAAAGAUAGAAGCGGGGGAGAGCAUCAAGAAGUCAGUCCCACGAAAGAGAGAAAAUGAAGUAAACAAUGUAAGUAGGAGUUAUGCAACACUGAUCACUGUGAAUCAACCGAGAAUAGAAAACGCGAGUCAGCAAGCCUCAUCAAAGCAAGAGUCUGAUACAAAGCGGAAUACAGAAAAACUCCAGUUUACAUCCAUUCCAGUGUUGUACAAGGAGUUAUAUCAAACUUUAUUUAAUGCACAUGUUGUAUCACCGGUUUAUCUGAAACCGAUACAACCUCCGUAUCCCAAGUGGUACAACGAAAAUGUCCAAUGCGAAUACCAUGCGGGAAUCACAGGACAUGCGAUAGAAAAUUGCACCGCAUUUAAGAGGUUAGUGGAAAAGCUCCUUGAAAUGGGCAUCAUAAAAUUUGAUGAAUCAUCUAGCGGGGAAAAUCCGUUACCCAAUCAUGCCGACAAUGGGGUAAAUGCAGUAAUUGAGAAUACUGGGAAGAGAUUUAGAAUGACUGUGGCUGAAGUAAGAACACCAUUGAGAGAGGUUUGGAAGGAAAUAAUGAAGAGAGGGUUAAUCAAGCAGAGUUCGGGAAACAGAUCCCAGAAAAUGGGGAACUAUUGUGAGUUCCAUGAUGAGAAGGAUCAUGAGAUCCAAGAAUGUAAUGAAUUUAGGGCCCUAAUACAGGAACUAAUGGACAACAAAGAGUUGGAAUUCUUUAAAUAUGUAGAAGAGAGAGAUGUAUGCACCUCGGAAGGAGGGUCGUUAGGAAAAGACUGUGAGAUUAAUCGGCCAAAAGUAAUUAUUUCACAGCCAAAGAUUAAUGAAGUUGGAUUGAAAAUGGCACCAAGAAUAGUGAUACAGAAACCCGUUGCUUUCCCUUAUAAGGAUAGCAAGAGGGUACCUUGGAGCUAUAAUUGUAAUGUGACAAUCUCGGGAGGGAAGAACCAGGUCAACACGCAAGGAGAAGCCCAGGAUGUAGGUUUCUAUACUAAAGCCGAUUUAGUAAAAGGGAAAUCUUUAUUGAAGCAAGGGGAUGAGCUACCUGUUAAGGAGCCAAUAGCUGAGAAUGAGGCAAAGAAAUUUUUGAAAUUCUUAAAACACAGUGAAUAUAGUGUCGUGGAGCAGCUACACAAACAGCCAGCUCGCAUCUCGGUACUGACCUUGCUUUUAAGCUUAAAGAUACACCGUAACGCAUUAAUGAAGGUGUUAAAUGAGACCUAUGUUGCGAAUGACAUCACAGUAAACAAACUAGACCGUCUUAUCAAUAACAUAAGCGCAGACAACUUCAUCUCAUUCAACGACGAUGAAAUACCAUCGGGGGGUAGGGGAUCUACUAAGGCCUUACACAUCACUACCCGUUGUAAGGGGUAUACUGUACCGGGGGUUCUAAUUGAUAAUGGGUCAGCGCUAAAUGUUUUACCCUUAUCUACAUUGAAUAGGCUACCAAUAGACAACUCUCACAUGAAGAUGUGUCAGAACAUGGUGAGAGCAUUUGACGGGACUGAAAGAAAGGUGAUGGGAAGGAUCGGAGUACCUCUUUUAAUUGGUCCGAAUACAUACGAGGUAGAUUUCCUAGUAAUGGACAUUAAACCCUCCUAUAAUUGCCUGUUAGGGAGGCCUUGGAUUCAUGCAGCAGGGGCAGUACCGUCAUCAUUGCAUCAAAAGUUGAAAUUGAUAAUGGAGGGUCGAUUGAUAACAAUAAACGCGGAAGAAGAUAUUAUUGCGUCUGUUACCAGUGAUGCACCAUACAUUGAGAAGGAUGAUGAGGCAUUGGAGUGUUCUUUUCGUUCGUUGGAGUUUGUGAAUGCCACUUUUAUUAUGGAGGGAAGUAAGAUCUUGAUACCCAAAGUGUCUAGUGCUACGAAAAUGGGUUUACAACUGAUGGUUAGAAGUGGAGCAUUGCCUGGAAGAGGACUCAGAAAGUAUCUACAUGGAUGGGUCGAGGUACCAGUCUUGACUGAUAAGCAGGAUUGCUUUGGCUUGGGAUAUAAGCCGGAUGCAAAACAAAAAAGGAAGGAAGCAGAGAAGAGACAAGAGAGAUGA